GAACAGACGGCUUAUUUAUUGAUAAUAAAAAUGAAAUUAGUUGUUUGGAAUGUUUUGGUAAAUUCAUUGGUAUGUUUUGUUCUGCUAUUUGAAAAUGUUUCUGGAAAUUUAGAAAGUAUUUGCAAACCACCAAAAGUAGCAUAUGAUGGAAUAAUAUUUGAGAAACUUGGAUGUUGGGAAGAUAGGCCUACUAGAGCUUUGAAACGACUUGGCGAUUUUAUAACUAAUCCUUUGUAUAAUUGUUAUAUAAAGGCAAGAAACGAAAUGUAUGAAAUCUUCUCUUUACAGUUUGGUUACGAGUGCUGGGCCGGAAAUGGGUUAUCAUAUCAAAUGUUUGGAAUAUCAAAUAAGUGCGAAAUAAAUGGUAGAGGUGGUUCUUGGGCAAAUGAAGUUUACAAAGUUAACAAUAAUACUCUUGAUGUUAACAAAACAGCAGAGUUUAGAAAUGUUCUAAGGGAAAACUGUUCAAGUUACCAACCGACCAGCGAUCAAGCAGGUGUUAAAAGUUGCACUAAACCUUGCUUUUGGUCACACAGUGUUUGUAUAAAUGAAGAUGAAUGCUAUAUUUGUACGUGUGAAACAACCUGGAACUUGGGUAAAGAUGUUUUCAGCUGUGUUAAAAGUAAUUGCAAACCUCAACUGAAUUUUACAUACAAUGGGGUAUUGAUCGAAAGUUUCUUGUAUAUUACUUUUCAAAUAAACUAUUGGAAUCUCGAUGAACCAGCUGUUAAUGUAUCUUGGGAGUACUUUUUUCCACCUUUCAUAACGCUUCAAUCAAAUUAUACAUCAGUAAAUGUUGUUUAUAAUGAUUUAAAGUUAGUUCAAUAUAAGGUAAUGAAAUUAUUAGACAUUGGAGUUAAUCAAAGUAUUGUCGCUUUUAUUAAAAAUAUCAAUUGCUUUAUUUGUAAACCUGACAUUGAAAUUCCGAUAAAAAUAUAUUUUGAAAAUAGUGCAGGACUUUUUUGGAGAUCAUAUCAAAUAAUAAGGAAAAAUAUAAAGAAAAACUGUACCAGUCAUGAUUUACAAAAUCAUUCCCCAGACUGUAUUAGAAAUUGUAUUUGGAAAAACAGUAUUUGUAAAGGUGAGGAAGAGUGCUAUUUAUGUACUUGUGAGUCUGGAUGGAAAUUGGAUAAAGAUAACUUUACCUGUCUUGAUGUUGAUGAAUGCAGAGCUUUAAACAAACCCUGCAAUUGGGCUAAUGGUGUUUGUAUAAACACUAAUGGAAGCUACUUUUGUGCAUGUGAGUCAGGAUGGUUGUUGGAUAAAAAUAAUGACAGCUGUGUUGAUAUUAAUGAAUGUACAGCUUUAAACAAAGCCUGUAACUGGACUAACAGUAUUUGUACAAACACUAAUGGAAGCUAUCUUUGUGCAUGUGAGUCUGGAUGGCUGUUGGAUAAAAAUAAUGAAAGCUGUGUUGCUGAAUGCACAACUUUAAAUAAUCCUUGCUACUCGAAAAACGCUGUUUGCAUUAACAACAUUAGUGGUUAUGAAUGUAUAGAAGGAGAAUGGAACAUAUGGAGCGAAUGUAGUCAAACAUGUGGUCUUGGUUAUAAAAUUAGUUAUUUAAGAACAAUGUUGCCAUCUAAACAAAAUGUGAAACGUUUUGAUAUGUGCAUGUACUUCAAGUGUCCAGUGGAUUGGAAAUGGAGUUCAUGGCUUGAAUACGAAUCAUUUUCUAAUUCGUGUGGUAAUUACUUUACAAAACGAGAAAGAUUUUGCACUAACUAUUUACCUACAGAUGCAGAUGUUGGAUACGAAUGCUUUGGUCUCAGUCAAGAUUUUCAUUUUCUUGAAAGUUGGAUAUGUCCGGCUCAUGGUGAGUGGACUCAAUGGUCAUUGUGGUCAUCUUGCAAACAACCUUGUCAAAGCAGUAAACAAACAAGACACCGUAAUUGUAGUAAUCCGUUACCAAAAUAUGGCGGAAGACAAUGUAAUGGAACUGACAUCGAAUAUAAAAAUUGCUUCUCAGAUGAAUGCAAAAAAGUGACAGUAAACCUUAACCUACUUUUUGUUGAUGAAGAUUAUAUAGAAGUGUAUUCUAAUCCAACCAAUGAACCAUCUAACGUCUUAAAAUACAAAAUUAAAAAUGCGAUACAAAACCAUUAUAACAAAUUCAAUAAAAAUGUUCAAUUUGAAUUGGUAUUGAAUUCUUUAAAAGACGAAGAGGAAAGUCAGUAAAAUUCCUAAAAGAUUGAGUUUAGUGACAAGGUUGAUAAGAUGCUAAUUCUUCAAUGUUAAGUGUCUUUAAAAAAGAUUUUUAUAUGUUCUAAAAGAUUUUUUGUUAUCAAAAGUAAUAGUUCCUAAGUAAUUGUGUUAUGCUUGAUUUAGAAUAA